CGCCGCCGCCUCCGGAAAGGGAGAGGCAGGAGAGAUCGAGACUUGGAAACCCCAAAGUGUCCGCGACCCUGCACGGCAGGCUCCCUUCCAGCUUCAUGGGCAAAGUGUGGAAACAGCAGAUGUACCCUCAGUACGCCACCUACUACUACCCCCAGUAUCUGCAAGCGAAGCAGUCUCUGGUCCCAGCGCACCCCAUGGCCCCUCCUAGUCCCAGCACCACCAGCAGUAAUAACAACAGUAGCAGCAGUAGUAACUCAGGAUGGGAUCAGCUAAGCAAAACGAACCUCUACAUCCGAGGCCUGCCCCCCAACACCACUGACCAGGACCUGGUAAAGCUCUGUCAGCCAUAUGGAAAAAUAGUCUCCACAAAGGCAAUUUUGGAUAAGACAACAAACAAAUGCAAAGGUUAUGGUUUUGUCGACUUUGACAGUCCUGCGGCAGCUCAGAAAGCUGUGUCAGCCCUAAAGGCGAGUGGGGUUCAAGCCCAGAUGGCAAAGCAACAGGAACAAGAUCCUACCAACCUUUAUAUUUCUAAUUUGCCACUGUCCAUGGAUGAGCAGGAACUUGAAAAUAUGCUCAAACCCUAUGGGCAGGUUAUUUCUACAAGAAUAUUACGUGAUUCCAGUGGUACAAGUCGUGGUGUUGGCUUCGCCAGGAUGGAAUCAACAGAAAAAUGCGAAGCUGUAAUUGGUCAUUUUAAUGGGAAAUUCAUUAAGACACCACCAGGAGUUUCUGCUCCCACAGAACCAUUAUUGUGCAAGUUUGCAGAUGGUGGACAGAAGAAAAGACAGAACCCAAACAAAUACAUCCCUAAUGGAAGACCAUGGCAUAGAGAAGGAGAGGUGAGACUUGCUGGUAUGACACUCACUUAUGACCCAACUACAGCUGCUAUACAGAACGGAUUUUAUCCUUCACCAUACAGUAUUGCUACAAACCGAAUGAUCACUCAAACUUCUCUUACACCCUAUAUUGCAUCUCCUGUAUCUGCCUACCAGGUGGCAAAGGAAACCAGAGAAAGCAAGUAUCGGGGCUCUGCUAUCAAGGUGCAAAGUCCUUCCUGGAUGCAACCUCAACCAUACAUCCUACAGCACCCUGGUGCCGUGCUAACUCCCUCGAUGGAACACACCAUGUCACUACAGCCCGCAUCCAUGAUCAGCCCUCUGGCCCAGCAGAUGAGUCAUCUGUCACUAGGCAGCACCGGAACAUAUAUGCCUGCUACAUCAGCUAUGCAAGGAGCCUACUUGCCGCAGUACACACACAUGCAGACAACGGCCGUUCCCGUUGAGGAGGCAAGUGGUCAGCAGCAAGUGGCCGUAGAGACAUCUAAUGACCAUUCUCCAUACACUUUUCAACCCAAUAAGUAACUGUGAGAUGUACAGAAGGGUGUUCUUACAUGAAGAAGGGUGUGAAAGCUGAACAAUCAUGGAUUUUUUCUGAUCAAUUGUGCUUUAGGAAAUUAUUGACAGUUUUGCACAGGUUCUUGAAAACGUUAUUUAUAAUGAAAUCAACUAAAACUAUUUUUGCUAUAAGUUCUAUAAGGUGCAUAAAACCCUUAAAUUCAUCUAGUAGCUGUUCCCCUGAACAGGUUUAUUUUACUAAAAAACAAAAGCAAAAAAAAAAUACAAAAAAAAAAAAAA